GUCCAUUGGAACUCCCAGCUGCUCCUCCAUCCAAUCCCUUGGAACUCCCAGCUGCUCCUCCAUCCAGUCCCUUGGAACGUCCAGCUGCUCCUCCAUCCAGUCUCUUGGAACGUCCAGCUGCUCGUCCAUCCAGUCCCUUGGAAUUCCCAGCUGCUCCUCCAUCCAGUCCAUUGGAACUCCCUGCUCCAUGUAAGAUGGUAAACGCUAUGUUAUGCAAUUAUCAUAUUUUCUUGACUAUAUUGCCAACCCUUUGCCUGCUGCAGUGGACUAGAGUCGCAAUCAUACAAUUAAAUCAGACAGUCGAAAUAAUUAGCUUUCUCCUUCCCCCAACAAUUGUUAUUGUUUCCCGUCAAAAUUAAUUCAGCAUGAAAAAUAAGUAACUCUGAAUACAUUUGAUACAUGUCUCUAUAUCGCAAUUUAUUUGCUGUCCAAACUUCCGCUUCCAUAUCUCUCAUUUGAUAUUAUCUUUGAUACAUGUCAACAUCCACAUGUUUAUUCAAAUAAGGUUAAAUAGAUUAUAAACACAAAAUGACAUACCUUUUAAUAGCAGGGUUUCUUUGCCUCAUUUUCGCAUUACAGAUGCAGUCAGGCAGAAAACUACGCUCUGCUACAAGAAAUAAGGAGCACCCAGUCCUGCAACUGCCACGCCCACCAUCGGUUUGUGGGUCCACAGGAUCUUCAUCCCUGUGCUCGACCACCAGCACCAAAAAACUGAGGGUGAAGUGCAAAAAACAACCCCAACAUAAUGAGCAUCCAAUCCCGCUACUACCAGACACAUCAUCCAUUAGUGUGUCAGCUGGAUCAUCAUCCCUGUUGCCAAGUACCAGCGAUCCACCAGCGAGGGUGAAGUGCAACAAACAUCCCCAACAUAAGGAGCACCCAGUCACGCCACUAUCAGACACCCCAUCCGUUAGUGUGUCAGCUGGAUCAUCAUCCCUGUUCUCAAGUACCAGCCAUCAAACGGCGAGGGUAAAGUUCACCCAGGAAGAGAAGGAGGCAGUCCAGAAGCUUUUCCAGAGCUGGAUAGAAAGGGGUGACAUGCCUCGCAUAGGCGUGGUGAGGGACAUAGUUAAACAAAAUAAAAAAAGUAGCACGUUGCCUCUCUAACCGAUCAUUUCUCCAAGUGAGGGACAGAGUUCGCAAUGCAAUAUAAGCUAAAACAAAAUCUACGUCUAUGUAGAUCAUCAACUAUUUCAUUCAUCUUUCUUUUUUCUCAGUUGCUUUCUUAAUGUAAUAUCCCUCACAACGCCUAUGCAAGGCAUGUCACCUUUUUCUAUCCAGCUAUUGAUAUUCUAAUGAAAUGUUUAAGAAAUGGCAGUGCACACUUGUCAGUAAGUCUGAAUGUUUUGUAAAAGUAGUUUUUGUGAUUCUUCUUUCUAUUCUUGUUCUUUUACUUUUUACAUGAUGAUUAUGAUAUGCUUUUUAUGAAUAUGAAGGUACAAUUGUAUCAAUAAAAACCUUCAAUUGUCAUUAAUAAAACACUUUGAGCAGGACAUAGGAGAUAGUGUUGUAUUAUGUCCAAACUAAAUAUGAGUCGAGUCAAAUCAAAAAAUCAUAAUUAUCUACAUUGGACGUAAAAAUGAUUGAGUUAUGGCAUUUUUGAACUUUUGUAUUGUUUCAUUGAACAGUUAUAUGCAUAACAUGGGCUGUAUUUCAAUUAGUGACAUGCCGCACUGUCAUAUGCUCGAUUUUCCUUAUGUGUAUUAUAUUAAAUAUAUAUUCCUGUACACUAUAAACAUAUUUUUCAAAAGAAUACCUGUUUUACCGGUCCUAAGCUUUGGAACGAUUUACCUGAAACUAUGAGGAAAUCUGUACUUCUAUUGGAAGCUUUAAAAAAUGUAUAAUUUUAAAUUACAGUGCAUAAGUAUUAGCCCUAUACCCGAUGAGGCUAACAAGUGUGUGUGUGUAUAUUGUAUAAGGGGAUGUGUAUAUAACCCAAUUAUAUUGUACUGGCACCAUGAAAGCUCUCGUGUUAUAAACAGCUUCGCGGGACUCGAACCCACCCAAGUAAAAUAAAAAAGAGUUUACAGCAAACAUGAAGCUAUAUAUUAAAGUUCAUUAAUAAUAGCAGUUUGUGUCAUAUAUAUUUAAAAGAAUUCGCACUUUAGGCAUGCAAAAGAUUAAAUGUAAUUUUCUUACACCGUAA